AUGAGAGUUUCUUGCAAUGACUUUGUUGUGGUUGCGUUUGUUCUUUGUAGUGUUCUACUUGUUAGUGGCUUGUUUGAGACGGCGGAUGGUAGACAAGUUAAGGAUGAUAAGCAUUUGAUUCGUCCACCACAUUUGUUAGGUCCUGGAUUUAAACAUGGUAGGUUUGACGGUGGGGGUAUUGGUGCUGGUGGAGGUUUAGGACUAGGUGGUGGCAUUGGUGGGGGUGCAGGAGGAGGUGGAGGACUUGGAGCUGGUGGGGGAGCAGGAGGUGGUCUAGGAGGCGGAGGUGGUCUUGGGCAUGGUGUUGGAGGCGGCAUUGGUGGAGGAGGUGGAGCGGGACUUGGUGGUGGUGGUGGCAUUGGCGGAGGAGCAGGUGGUGGUGGGGGUCUAGGAGGUGGAGGGGGACUUGGUGGUGGUGGUGGUGAUGGACUUGGACAUGGUCUUGGUGGUGGCGUUGGCGGAGGAGCAGGUGGUGGUGGGGGUCUAGGAGGUGGAGGGGGGCUUGGUGGAGGUGCUGGUGGUGGACUUGGUCAUGGUGUCGGAGGCGGUAUUGGUGGAGGUUCAAGCGGUGGCCUCGGUGGAGGAGGCGGACUUGGUGGGGGUGGUGGAGGUGGCAUUGGUGGUGGGGCAGGAGGCGGGGUUGGUGGUGGAGCAGGAGGUGGUGGUGGGGGUGGAGCUGGUGUAGGCGGAGGAGGAGGUUUUGGCGGUGGUGGUGGUGGUGCAGGUGGAGGUGUAGGAGGAGGAAUUGGUGGGGGUGGAGGCGGUGGUUUUGGUGGAGGAGGCGGCAUUGGAGUAGGUAUUGGAGUUGGUGCCGGUGGUGGAGCUGGUGGUGGCAACAAGUAG